CGCCGACAUCUGAUCUGCUGGCGAUGGAGGCCGUCACAGACCGCCGCCUCCAUGCGGGCGGCUCUACCGACGACCGGCUGAGCGCGCUGCCGGACGACCUCCUCCACCGCAUCCUCUCCUUCCUCCCGUGCCAGCGGACCGUGCAAACGACCGUGCUGUCCAAGAGGUGGGCAGGCCUCUGGCGCUCGGCGCCAUGCAUCAACAUCAACAUGGUGUAUUUCUCAACCCGUUCCAGGCACAGGUGGCAAAAGAUUGAGGAUCUCGUCACCAAUUUCCUCAUCUUCCACAACGCUCCGGUUCUAGAUGCGUUCCGGAUCGCGAUGGAUGGCGUCAUCGCCGAUGAUUGGCUUCCGGCCAUCAACAGAUGGGUUCGCCGCGGCAUCCUGGGAUGCCCAUCGGUGCUCGAGAUCGAGUUCUUCGACACCGGCAUACCUAAUCCGCCAUUCGGCGACACGAUCCGACCUGGUCCGUUUGAGUUGCCCGACAUCGGAUCUACCAGUUCCAGUCGCCUCAAAAAGCUCAGCCUUGUUGGCGUGUCCCUUGGCAGCUCCUUCGCCGAGCUGCUCCGUUCAGGAUGCCCGGUACUAGAAGAUCUGCACCUCGAAGAUUGCUGCACUGAAUUCAACCACAUACAGUCCCACACAUUGAAGAAGCUAACUAUCCACAUAUGUUAUCGUCAUUCAGUUGGUACCCUGGCUAUCAAGGCUCCCGCUCUUGUUGAAUUGGUGCUGGAUCCAGAUAUUUCGAUGCCCGAAUACACCCAGAAGAACGAGUUUUCCCUAGCUGAUGGGUCGACCAACUCCCUCGUGGAUGCAUGGGUUGUUUUCCCAAACGACAUGUCUCCGAGAAGUCGAGUCAUGCUUCUAGGCAGCCUCUCCAACGUGACCAAGCUGGAGUUGACAGCAUGCUUUUCGGCAGAGCUGAUGCUAGAUAACGAGUUGGGUCAAUUCCCAAUUUUCAGCAACAUGAGAGCCUUGUGGCUACGCGGGUGUGUAUUUGGCAAUCGCGAUGGGAAGUGCAGCACCCUUGACAUAUUUCUGCAGAAGACCCCUAAUCUGAAGAAGCUUACUUUGGAGCAUCAGCGGCCAUGCUGCUGCAAAAAUACAUUUCAAGAGGCGGGGCGCAAGAAGAGAAAGGACAAGACAAGUAGCCGCUCCCUCCAUUGUCCGGACCAAAAGGCUUUCCAGUGCCCAAACUUAAAGUUGAUCGAAAUCAUAUAUGAAGCACGCUAUACGGAUGAUCACCAUGAACUCCAGAUGUUUCAAGUUAUGAGGGGUCUUUGGAGGAACCUACAACAGGCCACAUUCACCGUUACUAAAAUUUAGAUCAUAAUAACUUGGUCUUGGUACUUCUAGCACUGCUAUGUUACUUUUCUUCUCGGAACUUUGUAUGUCAAAUGCAAUGUUUUCUACAUUUUAAUUCUAGCCAAAGUGCAACCCGGUUAUUUUAACUUUUCGUCUUAUUUGUUGCGGGGAGUUAACUUCUUAGUCUCAUACAGUAUUUUUCAUAUAAAACGU